AUGUCAGAAUUAAGGACGUUGAAACAAAAACGUGCCAGAGCCAAGGGAAAUAUAACAAGGAUGAGAGAUAGAGUGCAGAGCGAAGAAGGAAUAUCUAAAUACGAAGCGGAAGCUCGACAGCUCAAACUAGAAGAAUUAUGGAAGCAAUUUGAGGACCUUCAAUUGGAGAUCGAGAUGAAAAUGCAGCCGUCAGAAGACAGAACGCAAGAGCAAAUAGACUUGAUAAACUACGCAGAAAGGGAAAUUGUUGAAACUGUAUACUAUGAAGCAGCAGCGAAAAUUCGUGAAAUUGUGGAGAUGGCUCAAAAUCGGAACGAACAAGAACGACAGGUACCUGUAGUAGUAGCAGCUGAGCCUCGAGCAGAAGAACACAAUGUGAAAUUGCCAAUACUCAAGAUACCGGAAUUCAGAGGAGACUAUGACCAGUGGUUAACGUUCAAAGGCUUAUUCAAAUCUAUGUUUCACGAGAACAGAAAGUUAACAAGCGUACAGAAAUUUCAAUAUUUGAAAAGCUCAUUGCAGGGCGAAGCCUUACAGAUUAUUGGCGGAUUUGAGAUCUCGUCGGAAAAUUAUGAACCAGCGUGGGAAUUAUUAACUAGCACGUAUGACAAUAAGAGAUUGUUGAUAAAUACGCAUAUGAAUAGAUUAUUAACUUUUCCAACGGUAGAGAAAGGCAAGUAUGCUACUAUUAAGCAAAUAAUAAUUCAUGUUCAAACGCAUAUAAAAGCCCUCAACGUGUUAGAAUUACCUGUCGAGCAUUGGGAUGAAUUGUUGAUUCAUUUGAUAAAGGAUAAACUAGAUUAUGUAACGCAGAAAAACUGGGAAGAGGAGACAAGUCGAAGAGCAGAAGAAAAUAGGCCUACGUUAGAGGACUUUCUUCGAUUUUUAUCUGAAUAUGCACGAACAAUGGAGUUAAUCGAUAAUGGCAGAUCCAAAUCGGAAACAGCUAAGCAGCUUAACUCGAACGCGAGAAUGAUCAAGAUGGAGAAGAGAGUGAACGUGGCAACAACGUCAAGGGAAACAUGUGACAAUUGUAGUGGUCCACAUCGCUUAUUUAAAUGUGAACAAUUUCUGAAGUUAUCGAUACCGAUGAGAGCCGACAAAACACGACAAUUAAGAUUAUGCUUAAAUUGCUUUGGUAAAAAGCAUUUUUCAAAAGAAUGUUAUUCAGGAGCAUGCAAGAAAUGCGGUGCAAAGCAUAACACACUGCUACAUAGGGAAGAAUCCAGUGCCAAGGCAGACGAGGAUCAACGCAUUCAGGACAAAACAAGUACGGAGAACAAGCUCAAUAUUCACAUUGCCAAGAGCGAACAAUCGCAUGUCAUAUUAUCUACGGCUCAAGUGUUAAUAGAAGACAUAAAUGGAGAAAGGCCUCUCUGCAGAGCACUAUUGGAUCCGGGAGCACAGACAAAUGUAAUAACAAGAUCAUUGUUCAAUAAAAUGAGAUUGAAGACAAUCAAAACAAGCCAGGUGAUCAGCGGCAUAAACGGUGAAAGAGUUAAGUAUACGGAAUUGGCGAGAGUCAAAAUAAAAUCAGUACACACCAAAUUUGAAACAGAAAUUGAAUGCGUCAUUAUGCCGACGAUUAUUGAACAAUUACCUCAAGUUAAGUUGGAUAAUAAACUUAUACCGAUAGCUAAAGACAUACAAUUAGCAGACCCAGAGUUUCACGAGCCGAAUAACAUCGAUCUACUCAUCGGAGCUGGCUUAUUUUGGCGCAUCUUCUGUAGAGAAACCAUCCCACAACAAACAGGGGUACCAAGCUUGCAGAAAACAUUGUUUGGUUGGAUCAUCGGAGGAGAGCUGCAGGUAGGAAAAGUUACAAAAACGGAGAAGGUAUGUGGAAUAUUAACGGAUGUUACCCUGAAGGAGCAGUUAGAACGAUUUUGGAAGGUGGAAGAGAUAUCGGAAAUUCGUCAACCUACGGAAGAAGAAGCGGAAUGCGAGGAGAAUUUCAAGAAAACAGUAGAAAGAACAUCUUCCGGAAGAUUCAUAGUAAGUUUACCAAGGAAGCAGAACGUUUGCUUAGGGGAGUCGAAAGAGCAGGCAGAAAGAAGAUUGUUAGCAGUAGAGAAGAAAUUCAAGAAUGAUUCAAACUGUAAAGAGGAAUACAUAAAAUUCAUGGCAGAUUAUGAAAGCAAGGAGCAUAUGUCAAGGAUAUUAGCAUCAACGGAGGAGCCGGAGGAGAUAUGUUGGUUGCCUCAUCAGGCAGUGUUUAAGACGGAUGGCUUGACUACCAAAAUUCGGGUAGUUUUCGACGCAUCAUCCAAGACGUCAAACGGUCAGUCAUUGAAUGAUAAACUUCAAGCCGGACCAAACUUGCAGAAUGAGAUGUUUGAAAUCCUUUUAAGAUUUAGAACACAUCAGUUUGUAUUUAGUGCAGAUAUUGAAGCCAUGUACAGACAAAUUCUAGUAACAGAAAGAGAUCGACACCUCCAGAGAAUAUUGUGGAGAUCUGAAUCAACGCAACCGAUGCAAGCCUACAGCUUAAACACCGUGACUUAUGGAACAACUGCCGCACCUUUCUUGGCGAUAAGAUGUCUACGCGAAUUAGCACAGCAAGAGGAUGAUUUAUUAGAAGCAGCAAACGUGGUAAGACACGAUUUUUAUAUGGAUGAUGUGUUGUCAGGAGCAGCUACAGAAGAGAAAGCUAUCCAGCUACGCAAAGAAGUAACAGAAGUAUUGAAGAAAGGACAAUUUCGACUAAGAAAGUGGCGAGCGAAUCAUAAGAAAAUUUUGGAAGAUAUCAAAGAAGAGGAUGAAAACGAUAAGUUUUUAAAACUAGACAAGGAAGGAGCACUAAAGAUUCUCGGAUUACUAUGGGAUGCAACAACGGAUACAAUACAGUACUCAGUGAACACACCAGGGCCAGUCACUGUAACACGAAGAAGCAUAGUAUCUCAGGUCGCACAAAUUUUUGACCCGCUGGGUCUUCUUGGGCCAAUUUUAAUCAAGGGCAAAUGCAUCAUGCAGCAGACCUGGCAAAUUCCCAUUGGAUGGGAUGAGCCUCUACCAAAAAUAAUACAGGAGCAGUGGCAAGAGUUCUAUGAUGCUUUACAAGAGCUCAAUGAGUUUAAGGUCAUGCGAAACUUAAAUCCAGGUAACCAAUCUCAGGUGUUUGAUAUCAUGGGGUUUGGAGAUGCCUCCGAAAAAGCAUACGGAGCGUGCCUCUAUGCUGUAUCAAAAAAUAAGGAAGGUAAUACACAGUCUUUUUUAAUUUGUUCAAGAAGUAAAAUAGCUCCUUUGAAAACUAUCUCACUACCAAGGUUGGAAUUGAAUGCUGCGCUCAUACUAGCUAAGUUAACUGCUACGGCUAUACGUGCAUUUGGUAACAGAAUUAAAGAAAUUCAUUUAUGGAGCGACUCUAGCAUUGUGUUACAUCAGAUAAACACUAGUCUCAACUUAUUGAAAACUUAUGCAGCAAACCGUGUGACAAAAAUUCAACAGGCCGUGAAGAAAGCAACUUGGCAUCAUGUGCCAUCAUCGGACAAUCCUGCGGAUGUCCUGUCCCGAGGGUCAUCAAUUGAAGAAUGGAAACACAGCAAGCUUUGGUGGCAUGGCCCUUGGUGGAUCGAUAAUCCGAAAGAGUGGCCGCAGCUGCCGCAACAAGAGGAAGAAACGAAGCGGCUGGAGUUGAAGAAGGCGCUAGCAGCUGUGAGUAUUCAAUCACACGAGGAUAUUUUAGGAAGAUUUUCCUCAUACGACAAGUUAUUGCGAGUCAGUGCAUACUGUCUACGUUUUAAGAACAACUGCAAGCAACCAAGAGCUAAAAAAAUCGGACCAUUGACAGUGCAAGAAUUGAAUCAAGCAGAAAUUGUAAUUAUUAGGUUAGCACAGGCAAAAUCUUUUUUGACGGAGAUAUCAACUCUUGUCCAGGGUCUAUCUAUUCCGAAAACUAGCAAAUUAGCGGCAUUUAAUCCAUUCUUAGGCCAUGAGGGAAUUUUGAGGAUCGGCGGACGAUUACACAACGCACAGCUUGUUGUGGAGCAGAAGCACCCAAUACUUAUACCGCCGGGAGAUCCGUUAACUGUUUUGAUCAUUAGGCGAGAACACGAGAGACAAUUGCAUAGUGGUAUAAAUCAACUGCUGUAUACCAUACGACGACGUUUUUGGAUAAUUCGAGGAAGGCGAGAAAUAAAAAAGGUGAUCAGGGGAUGUAUAAAAUGCUUCCGUUUGAAGCCUGAGAGCAAAGAGGUACUAAUGGGUGAUUUACCCAAAGAGAGAGUUUGCGAAAACUUACGAGCUUUUAUAAAUGUCGGAACUGACUACGCAGGACCUUUCUUAAUUCGAGAGAGCCGCAGAAGAGGCAAGAUGGUCACAAAAAAGGCAUGGAUAGCAGUGUUUGUAUACUGUGCUACUAAGGCAGUGCAUCUAGAAUUGGUAACGGACUUGUCAACAGAGGCAUUUAUCGCUGCUUUACGGCGUUUUACGGCAAGAAGAGGACUCUGUAAUCAAAUAUUAUCUGACAACGGGACGAACUUUGUUGGAGCGGCCCGACAGCUGCAAGAACUUUAUACGUUUCUUCAAAAGGAGAGCGAAGCAAUUUCGCAGCAUUUAGCGCAACAGCGAAUUCAAUGGCAAUUCAUGCCACCACGAUCCCCAAAUUUUGGCGGAUUAUGGGAAGCAGCAGUGAAGGUAGUUAAGAAGCACUUCUACGCUGUCACUCAAGGUCAGAUUCUGACCUUCGAGGAAUUCUAUUCCAUCUUAACGGAAAUCGAAGCGAUAAUGAAUUCGCGUCCACUUUGUCCAAUGACCGAGGAUCCGGAAGAUCUAGCUGUUCUAACUCCCGCCCAUUUCUUGGUUGGAGAUUCAUUAUUGCUACCUGUGGAGGACAAUUUUUUAGACACACCAGAUAACAAACUAUCCAGAUGGCAACUUUUACAAAAGUUGAGACAGUCUAUAUGGAAUCGUUGGCACAUCGAGUACUUGCAGGAACUGCAACGUCGGCAUAAGUGGGCUCAUCCAUCGGACAAUCUUUAUCCAGGCCUACUUGUUUUGCUAAAAGAGAAAAACGUACCACUACUUCACUGGACGAUAGCUCGCAUUACCGAGGUCCACCAUGGAAAAGACGAAGUUGUUAGAGUGGUCACAGUCCGCACUGCAAAAGGAUUCUUCAAACGAGCUGCAAGAGAUGUUUGUCCCCUCCCAAUAUACGACAAUCAGGAGAAAAUGUAA